AUGCCGGAUAAGAGGUUGAGGGGAUUUGUGGCCAUUGGAAUCACCAGAAAUGACAUCAGAACACUGCCUUCGGAAGAAGAAAUCCUGAAAAAAUAUCCAGAUCUUUUGGUAAGCCGAUUACUAUUGUUUAAGCAUAAGUGUUAAGGGGAUCGAUGUAUGCGGAAACAAGAAUUUCGACACUUCCAUCAUCCCGAAUUACAGUAAGAUCCACAUCUUGUCGUGUGAAGCCGAGGAUGAGAAGACUUAUGUAGACGAGGCUGUCAUUCCCACCGUAAGUAGAUAUACAUUUACGUAUGUAAAUUUUUCCAGGAUGAUUGUGAUGUCCAAUGUGUGGCUGCGCAACAAGUUGAGAACGCGAAGAAAUAUCUGAAACAUUUGUAUCAGUUGUUGUUGAAGAAGAUCGAGGAGGUGAAGGAGAGCGAUCUCUUCAAGGAAAUGUCCAAGACCGCCUCAUCCGUGGGUCGAGAUUUCAUGGAAUUCUUGAGAAACCACACAUAA